CCCAGACAGAACAAAAUACAGGAUACUUUUAUUCUGGUUGGUCACACUCUUGUUGAGUAAGUCAGAGUUAACUUCUAAGCCAUUCCUCAUCUCUGGCUAAAGAAGACUACAAGGAGAGCAUCCAGUUUCUUAUCACAUCUUGACAACUUGCAACAGAAGACAGAACCAAAUCCAUCAAAAUGCGUGAAGUCAUCUCAGUCCACAUUGGCCAGGCCGGAGUCCAGAUGGGCAACUCUUGCUGGGAGCUGUACUGCCUGGAGCACGGCAUCCAGCCUGAUGGUCAGAUGCCCAGUGAUAGUACGGUUGGAGGGGAAUCGGACCCGUUCAACACCUUCUUCAGCGAGACACAGGCUGGGAAGCACGUUCCACGUGCCGUCUUCAUUGAUCUUGAGCCAAGUGUUCUUGAUGAAAUCAAGACGGGGCCGUAUCGUCAGCUCUUCCACCCUGAGCAGAUGAUCCACGGCAAGGAGGAUGCUGCCAACAACUACGCCAGGGGCCACUAUACCGUAGGCAAGGAACACAUCGAUGACGUUCUUGACCGGAUCGGUAAACUGGCCGAGAGAUGCUCUGGUCUCCAGGGUUUUCUCGUCUUCCACAGCUUCGGUGGAGGCACCGGCUCCGGCUUCACUGCUCUUCUCAUGGAGCGUCUCUCUGUCGACCACGGCAAGAAGUCCAAGCUGGAGUUUGCGGUCUACCCGGCUCCCCAGAUAUCCACAGCCGUCGUCGAGCCCUACAAUUCUAUCCUGACCACGCACACCACCCUGGAGCACUCCGACUGCGCCUUCAUGGUCGACAACGAGGCCAUCUACGAGAUCUGUAAGCGCAACCUAGGCGUCGAUCAUCCGUCGUAUGGCAACCUCAACCGUCUGAUCAGUCAAAUCGUUUCGUCCAUCACUGCGUCUCUCCGCUUUGACGGCGCACUGAAUGUCGACUUGACCGAGUUCCAGACUAACUUGGUGCCCUAUCCAAGAAUCCACUUUCCUCUGGUGACCUACGCUCCCAUCAUCUCUGCUGAAAAGGCGUAUCAUGAGCAGAUGUCUGUAUCUGACAUCACCAACGCCUGCUUCGAGCCAGCCAACCAGAUGGUGAAGUGCGAUCCUCGUCACGGCAAGUACAUGGCCUGCUGUCUGCUCUACCGUGGUGAUGUCGUUCCUAAAGAUGUUAACAGCGCUAUUGCGAACAUCAAGACCAAGCGCACCAUCCAGUUCGUGGACUGGUGUCCAACUGGCUUCAAGGUGGGCAUCAACUACCAGCCACCUACCGUCGUGCCCGACGGUGAUCUGGCCAAGAUGAGUCGUGCCGUCUGCAUGCUGAGCAACACCACGGCCAUCGCCGAGGCCUGGGCUCGUCUGGAUCACAAGUUUGAUCUGAUGUACGCCAAGCGUGCCUUCGUCCACUGGUACGUGGGAGAGGGUAUGGAGGAGGGCGAGUUUACCGAGGCUCGUGAGGAUCUGGCUGCUCUUGAGAAGGAUUACGAGGAGGUUGGCACAGAAUCAGAAGAGGGAGGAGAAGAUUAUGACGAGGAGGAAUACUAAGAAGUAGCAUCAUCCAUCCAACCAUUUACAGGCAAUUUGAAACAACUGCAAUUUUUUUAAGCUAAUCUUUAUAGGGUCCAUGACUUUUCUUAGGAACACAUUUUGUGCAAGUUUCUAUUUUUCUGAAAUGUAUGAAAACUAGUUGAUAUCUCUUUUUGGUAAAUUUUAUUAAAAAGUGCACUUCUUUUAACAUUUAACAUUGUCCAGUUGUUUUUCCGGACAACUGAGGGCGCUGUUGCUGAGAUGUCGUUUCAGGAAGACACUGUUCAGAUUAAGGGUUUUUUGUUUAAAUUGUGAACCAAAAAAUUUGAUCAUUGAAAACAUUUGUGAGGAAAGUUUCCUCAUUGGCCUACUGUCAUGUAUUGACACAACAUCGAAUCACCAAAGAAAAGAAAAUCCACGACAGCAAAAUAUCCAACACUCUGGCAACUGUCGCUGCUGAAAUAGCUGUAACCUAGGUUUCUGCCUGAGAUGACUUCACACUUUUGCUCAUGAAUAUGGAAGUUUGCAUUAGCAUAAAAACCAAAUAGGCAACAAAAAUACCCUUGAAUAUGGCAAAACAAUAAUUGAAAAUAAGGUUAAAUGGGACACAAAUGUUCAUUUACAAGGAUUACAUUUACAAAUAAAUCAUAUUGCAUGGCCCUUUAACAAAUUUUCUCAAGAAAAUGACCGCGUACAUAGGGAACUGUCUCUUAGCCAGAGUUUGUAUUAAGACAUCUGACGUUUUCUCAAUAUUAAAAGCUAGCUGUGCUUGGGAGAAAUGACAUAAUAGGCAAAUUCAUCGCACAUGCAUUUAUCAAAGUGGAUUAAUAUAUUGUUACCAGAUGAUUUUACAAAAUGCCUUCGCGGUACAAGCUUUGAAUAUAAAAUUAAUUAAUAGCAAACUAUUAAGUGCGCAUUCCAUGUUUUGUUUUAUCGACAUUAUUUUCGUAAUAAUUAUUUUGCAGUAAAAUUUGAGGCUAGAACAGCAUA